AUGAAGAAACUUGUAGCAUUUUCAUGCCUUUUUUCAAUUUAUAUCGUACUUGGAGCACUAAUCUUCAGGGCUUUUGAAAUUGAAAACGAGAUCAAGGAGAACACCCUCAUUAAGAGCCUACGUGAAAGGUUCAAUAGAAAGUACAACAUAACUGACGACGAUUGGGGAAUCCUUGAAAGUAUAAUGAAGGAAAAACAAAGUUUGAACACAAAUCCCCUGAUGUGGAGCUUUGGUAACGCAUUUAUAUUUGCAGGGAGUGUUGUGACGACAGUAGGUAGGUUUAAGUUUAAUUUUCUUACAUAUAUACUUUUAUGGUUAUGGUGACUAUCUAUUUAUGUUUCACAAUCCAUUUUGAUUUGUAUGUUCAGUGAAAUUGUUGCUGCAUAACUUAAUUACACUUUCGUUAAAACUGUGCAGUCUGAAAAUUGUAGUGCAUAUAUAAGGUUUUGGUUGACCGUAGUAUGAAUGUAAAAACUCACAGUUGAAUGUUAAGAAAAAGCGAUUUAAAAAUGUAUGCAUUUGUAUAUGGUACAAAGCAAGAUUAUGUUAUACCAAAUCGUUUAUUGUUUAUCCAGUGAAAUAGACUUCAAUUUGCUACGAGUUUUACAAAGGAUAUUUAGUGCGUAAUAAACUUCAGUCUUCAAAUCUUUCUUCACUGAUUUCCGAAAAUUGCUGUUAUAAUUUAUCUUUAACUAAGGAAAAGCACUUCGACAUUCAGUUCUACCAAUUUAAUGGUCUAUGAUAAGUAAGAUGUCUCAUUUUUUUCCUGAAGCAAUGUAACGCCGUAUGUAUUGGAAGUCAUAUAUCUUACAUUUUGGUUUUCAUUCAUUCAGAAAAACGAGGCUUAUCUAAAGAAUCUUCACUAAAUAAAGAUUGACAUAUAAUACCGUAAAAUUCCGAAAAUAAGCCCCAGGGCUUAUAUUUUUCAAGGGCCAUUUUUGAGGGGCUUAUUUUUGGAGGGGCUUAUAAUCGGAGGGGCUUAUCUAUGGAGGGAAAUUUGCGUUUCAAAAUCGAUUAGGCUAGCCUUAUAGUUGGAAGGAAAUUUAUCGUUUUUGCUUUGUUUUAAUUUGUAUUUGAGGGCAAUUUCCAAGUGAAAGCCCCCUGGGGGCUUAUAUUUGGAGGGGUGAUUUAACGGAGGGGUUUUUGCGUUACGAGUUUGGGGGGACCUAUAUUUGGAGGGGCUUAUACAUGGAGGGACUUAUUUUCGGAAUUUUACGGUAUUUUGUUCUAGCUACUUACUUUCAUAUCGCAUUAAGAAAUGAGGUUGCUCCUUUUAAUACUAUUUUAAUUGGUACGAAUGAUGAUUCAAAUAUUGCUCGUGAAAACUGGACUCAUAGAGGGGAUUAUCUCUUUUUACCUUCAAACAAAUCGCAAAUUAUGGAAAAAAGAAACAGCAACAACAAAACAAUUGCAUGUAGAUCGCACGGUAACUUAGGGAGUUUUGAAUUUGAACUGUUUAAAAUUAAUUCAUUACUUAUUGUUUUCGCAGGCUAUGGCAAUAUUGUUCCCCGAACGACAAAUGGUCGUCUCUUUUGCAUAUUUUACGCUUUCUUUGGUAUACCGCUGACGUGCCUGACACUAAAGACCAUCGGAGAGAAGUUACGAGACUUAAUGACGUCAUUGAUUCAUAGUGUCAAAAGACGGCUUGGUAGCACACAAAGAGUCCGCAAUGGAAUCGUGUGCACUAUAAACAUCUUUUUGUGGAUCAUAACACUCCUUUUCCUUUCCCUUUUAGCGCAUUGGAGACGCGGAUGGACCAUAUUUGAAGGCUUUUAUUUCUGCUUUAUCACUUUUAGUACAAUCGGUUUUGGAGACUUCGUUGCUUUUGAUGACAAUGAAGCAAACACGUUUACUGAUUACAUGGUGGUGAUUGUUGGCGUUGUUUUGGGAUUUGCAGCAAUGUCAACUGUCUUGUUUUCAUGCAGCUCUAUGAUGGAAAACAAAUCAAAGGAAACUUCUCAACUUGCCCAGAAAUUUCAUGAUGUCAAGAAAAGAUUGAAGUUAAGGGGAACUGCAGUUGUCAAACCUUUGAAACAUCGUCAUCAAAAUGAAACUGGAAAAUCAGAGAUGACAAACAGACGUGAUCAGUAA